AUGCGUGAUGAUGGAUACCAGCUGUGGCAGUUGGUUGAUCGGGAAGGAUUUGAUUAUUUUGUGGUCCUGAGUGUUGGACAAGUUGAUACUGAACACUCUCCAGUUUCAGUCCACUGGCCUGCUAGCCCAUCCACCGACCCACCAGACCCACUUUCCCAGGCCUAUAUAUUCUCCAAAACCCUAAUCCCACCCAUCCACCCUGGCCGCCACCCCUGCCAGCCGCCGCAUCCUCGUCGUCGGGCUCCGACCAGCUGCGAUCUCCGUUGUUGGUUUUAUUAUACGGGAGAUUCGGGGGUCAGGUCCCAGGGGGAAAAUUCGUGGAGACUGGAGAAUGAUGCUGAUGAACUUCAGGACUGGAUCUCGUACUACCUCGGGUCCUCGCUGCUGUCUGCCAGGCCGUUCGCGCUCUCCCCCGGCGCCGAUGACACCGUUGCUUCCAAGGGUGAUGCUCAUGAACCAUUCAGGUGGCAAGUCCACUGCAUGAUGCAGUCCACGGUCGCCGUGCUGGUAUGGGGCAGCGGUGGCGGUUGGUGGCGUGUAGUUCACAGCGGCGGUGCUAGUGCGAAUCAGCGGUGGUGGUCGGUUGGAUGGAAGAUAGCAAAGGAGCAGCGCGACGCAGCCAAGGAUUUUUGUAUUUUUAUUUGUUGAAGUUGGUGUUCUUAUGCUUGUGUGCAUAAGUUUCUAUAUACACAAUGGAGCACUUCUAUGUAUUUUUGUAUUCUUAAUGCUUGUGAGCAUAAGUUUCUAUACAUUGUUGAAGUAGGUCUAUGUUGUUUUUAUGUGACAAUAUUCUUAUUCACCAAACCACUAAUUUCUAUGCAACGUUGGCACCAAAAACUUUUCUA